AUGAAGGUCUCAACCUCCUCCCUCAUGCUUGCCUCUCUUGCCUUCACUGGCUCAGCGCUGGCUGCCCCGACGCCGAGGACGCCCUACGACUCGCCCGUGCCCAACAGUCCCAGACCAGACGACUUUUCCGAGUCUGUUCGUUCACCACGCAUCCCUCGAUCUCCCAUGGUUCCUGCCGUGCGCGUUGCAGGCCGUCGUCGCUCUCUCCCUCGUAUUAAGCGCCAGGAUACUGACACCGCUUCAGCGUCUGGCCUCCUCAGUGGGGUUGGUGAUGCCCUCUCGGGUCUCCUCAAUCAAGCAGGCGACAUCGCCCACAGUCUCCCCGUUGUCGGCGGUCUCGGGAUCCUCUCCAGCGAUGGUUCCAGCGCUCCUGGAAAGCGAGGUACCUCCGAACCUCCAUCACCUGCUCCCUCAUCGAGUGUCCCUGCUCCCGCUCCCGAUGUAGAUGCUCUCCGCCAGAUUCUACUGAGAGCACUCAUACAACAACAGCAGGUUGAUCAAGCUGCAGCUGCACUCAGUGCUGCUAGCUCUGGGCUGCCCGUCGAUCCUCUUGCGCUGCAGCGACGCCUAGAACAGGUCGCCGCCGCCAACCAAGGUGAUCUUCCAACGUCUGCAACAACUCUCAAUGCGCUCGAUCUCUCUGGGCUCGUCAAUGGUCUGCCGAUUGCUGGACCGCUUGCAUCGAAUCUCCUCAGCGGUAACACCCUCUCUGGUUUAACAGGGCUUGCCUCUGGUCCUCUCUCUACAGUAGGUAGCGUCGCUGGCGGGUUGCCUAUCGUUGGUGGCCUCCUGGGUGGCCUUCCAAGCACUGCGGGAGGUCUACUCAACGGUGUCGCAGGUACCGCCGAUGGCCUUCUCGGAGGCGUCUUAGGUCAAGCUUGGAAUGUUAUUCCACAAGGCAGUGCCUCUGGAGCACCCACCAAUCCUCAAGCAUUCUCCAGUCAAGAACAGCUCCUCUCCUGGACCGGACCAGAUGAAUUGUAUCAUCACACCCUCGAAGGAGCACCGAUCGUCCCCCAAAACUCACUUGCUGAUGGCUCGCUACCCAUGUUCAAUGUCGACGGCAACUCCCUCCCGUUGGUACCUCCUCCCAGCCCGGCAUCAAGCGCUGCGUCUGUACCUAUGGGACACUCCGCCAGUGGCUUAGAGUUUCCAUCUGCGGCAUCAGUUUUCAUCUCGGGCGAUGGAGUUGGAGAUACUUCGCCAUCUUCCUCGCUGCCCUUGCCGAGCUCAACCCAUGUCGCAAGGGCGGUCGAGCGGGAUGCAGUCGGUGAGAAUUUAUCCAAUUCAACGCCCGAAUACAUUGCUGACGGAUUCAUUCCUGCUGUCCCUGACGCGACGUAUCACCCACCUCUACUCACUGUCUUGAAACGAGCAGACGUUCACGGUGUCCACGAAGCUGACAUGCAUGAAGGCGGAGCAGAUGCAGUUCCUGGUCCCCUCGAUGCACUUACAGGGACGAGGACGGCGCCACGUUUUAGCAAGAUGAUUCGUCGUAGGCUGCGUGGCUUUUCGGUGGCAUUUUAG